AUGUUGAAUAGAAGUGUUGGAAUUCUAUUAGCGUUGCAAAUGUCACAGUAUGUUGCAUUUCAGAAUGUUGUAGUGGGAGCAAAAAAUGCUGGUGGCUGGCAUUGGGUGUAUUAUGAAGAUUAC